AGGGGGGUGGGGAAGGGGGGAAGGGGCGGGGAGAGGCAGGGCCGGGGGAGGACGAGGAGGGAGCCCAGCCUCUCUCCCACCCACCGGAAGUGGCCGUUGUAAACUUCACCUCCCUUGGGACGGGCCCCUUAGCCUGACCCCCUUCCCAUUCCCAUUUCUGAUCCCGCGGUCCUAAAAGCCGCCGAAUUCUGUCAUCCCCCUGCUCCCAUUCCUGCAUCCUUCCUCUUUCUCCCCCUCCCCAGCAAAGAGUUUCUACUACGCCUUCCACCCAUCCCUCUAUGCUGAAGGCCAGCUGGGCUGGGUGGUUUGGUUUAGUUUGGAGGUUAGGCCCGGAGGGACUCCAGCCUGAGGCCAUCUGUGGGGGCGGCUGAGACUCUCUGAGACUACUUUGUAUCUACUUGAUUUCUAAAAUGAAAGACAUCUUGGAAGGUUUUCAUUAUCUAAAAGUAAAAAAUUAAGAAAAAUUCUGUGUAUUAACAGACGCCAUCAUCAUGAGCAUCAAUUCAAGUAAUAUAAAUGCUGAAAUCCAAAGGUUAAAGAAUACUGCUAUUGAUUUAAAAGAAAUGCAUAGAAGCAAUGAGUCAGAUUUGGAUUUCAUUACAGAUCUGAGAAAGAAACUCCAUCGAGCAAAAAAAGAAAAAUUAGACUUGACAACUAACCACAAUGCCCAGCUGUUAACCUAUGAGAGCCAGAUUACCAAGCUUCGAUCUGAAGUAGAGAAAGGGGAGGCACUACGACAAAGUCUGGAAUAUGAACUUGCUCUUGCUAGAAAGGAACUUGGUCUUGGAAGAUUUGCUAUUGAAGAAAAAUUAGUUGAGUCGCACAAGAAGAAUGAACAACUACGAGUACAGAAUUCAGAACUUCAAAGGAAGAUAAAUGAGAUUGAGAAUGCAUUUCAGACUUCUCAGUACAACUGGAAAGAUGAAUGCAGAAGAUUUGAAUUGGAUUUGGAGGAGAGAGACAACAUGAUUCAAAACUGUAAUCAAGAAUAUGAUGCGCUUUUGAAGGAAAAAAAUAAAUUAGAGACUGUCCUAAAGGAGACAUUGGAUCAGCAUCAGGAACAGAAGAAUGAGCUGGAAUCUCAUAUCAGGGAGACAGCACUUGAGGAAUUUAGAUUACAAGCUGAGCAAUGGGAAGCAGAAAGAAGAGAGUUACAAUUUAUAGUACAGGAACAAGAUAAUGCUAUACAAAAUCUGCAUAAGAAAAUUGAUAAACUAGAAUUAGAACAACUUGAUUGCUCUAACCUUCUGCGGCGACAAACAAGUGAACUUGAAAUAAGCACUACCCGAGAAGAAUUACUUAGAAAAGAAUAUGAGGCAUCCAGUAUCAAAGUAAAGAAAUUAGAGGAAAAUAUUGAAGCAGAAAGAGCAGCUCAUCUUGAGUCCAAAUUCAACUCUGAAAUUAUCCAGUUAAGGAUUAGAGACCUUGAAGGAGCUUUGCAAGUAGAAAAGGCGAGCCAAGCAGAAGCUGUGGCUGAUUUGGAAAUGAUCAAGAAUGAGUUCAAAGAAGUUGAAAGUGCAUAUGAGCGAGAAAAACACAAUUCACAAGAGACGUUUGCAAAACUAAAACAAUUAGAGAGAGAAUGUUUCUCUAAAAACAAGAAACUAAAUGAAGAGAUAGAGGAACAGAAGAAAGUAAUUAUGGACCUCACAAAGAGAUUGCAGAGUAAUGAAAAAAGUUUCAGUGAAUUACAGGAAGAACUAGCACUGGCUAAGAAGCAUCAGACCUGUCUAACGGAGAUGAAUGAAAACAAUGUGAAAGAGUUGGAGUUGCUCUCAGACAGCUUUGCUGUGUCUGGCCAGCGGACAUCAGGCGUCCACAAGGACGAAGAUAAAGCUUCCAGCUUCUCUGUUGUCCUUGAGACUUUGAGGCAUACCUUGACAGAUUACCAGAACAAGCUGGAAGAUGCAUCUAAUGAGCUAAACUGCUUGCAAAUUGCUUCUGAAAAAACAUUUAAGGAACUCGAUGCUACCAAACAGGAGGUGGAAUGUCUAAGCAAAUGUCUAAAGGAAGCACAAGAUAAACUGAUUAAUAGCAAUCAAGAGUUAAAUCACCUGCGAACUAAGUAUACAGACAGAGAAUCUAUAAUAGGCACUUUAAAAGUGGAGCUCCAAAAUGUUCUACACUGUUGGGAGAAAGAGAAAAUGCGAGUAGCACAAUCUGAAAAUGAAAUCCAGAAGCUUUCUAAGGCUUUCCAUAAGGAUAUUGAGGAGAAGCUAACCUUCCUUCAUACUUUAUAUCAGCAUUUGGUAGCAGGCUGUGUGCUUAUAAAACAACCAGAAGGCAUGCUGGAUAAAUUCUCCUGGUCUGAGCUUUGUGCAGUCUUGCAGGAGAAUGUUGAUGCCCUGAUCUUAGACCUCAACAGGGCUAAUGAGAAGAUAACUCAUCUUGAAUAUAUUUGUAAAAACAAGUCUGAUACUCUGAGGGAGCUUCAGCAGACCCAGGAAGACACUUUUAAUAAAGUGGCAGAACAGAUUAAAGCACAGGAGAACUCUUGGCAGAAACAAAAGAAGGAUUUGGAACAACAGUAUACUGAACUCCUCCAAGAAGUUCAGAUGAGGGCAGAGAAAUUUCAAGAAAUUGCAGAAGAAAACGUGGAAAAGUCAGCACUUAUGGAAAAAUCCAAUGAACAGUUGGUUCUUGAAAAUUCACAGUUUAAAAAUAUGUUAGCUGAGUCUCAGAAGGAACAUACAUCCUUACUGGCAGCCUGUGCAUUAAUGUCUGGUGCUUUAUAUCCUUUAUAUACUCGGUCAUGCGCUUUGUCAACACAAAGAGACUUUCUUCAAGAUCAAGUUAACACUUAUGACCUGCUCAAACAGGAAAUAAGAACUCUGGUUCAGGCUUUGUCUGAUGUAGAAGAAAAGAAGCAAAAUGAAGCCAAGUUAAAGAAAAAACAUUACAAAGGAUUGAUAUGUGUAUUCCGGAAAGGUGUUAUUGCUGUUUUAGCAGCAAAAAGACUUCAGAUUCUUGGCCAAAAGUGUAGCUCCCUUUUUACAUGGAUGGAGAGCUUCAAAGAAGGCAUAGGAAUCUUAGUAUGUACGGGAGAACCCAAAGAGAACCAUACUUUGCCAAGGCAUCGAACAGAGCAGAUGCAUUGUCUUCAAGCAGUUAAUUGGCUUACUAGUUCUGAACUUCUUACUGCAGUAAUCAGUUCUAUGGCUGAGUUACAGGAAGUGGUUAGUAAAACAGAUCCAAAUUCUAGGCUUUGUGGACACUUACUUAUAAGUGCAGCCAGGAAUUCCUUUGCAAAACUCAUGGAUAAAAUUAGCAUGGCAAUGGAGAACAUACCACUAGGAAGUAGUAGAAGUUUUACAUAUACAGAAAAGGAUUCUCUGGUUCAGAGAUUGGCACGAGGACUUCAUAAAGUUAGCACAGAAGCCUUGAAAUAUGGUCUAAGUGGUCCUGUGCCCGUUAUGAAAAGUAUAGAAUGUUUGCAAAAGCAGAUAUAUGAAUUUACCCAGCGAUUGCAUGCAGCAGAAGUUGAACGUCGUUCACUCCGCUUAGAGGUCACAGAAUUUAAAAGGAGUGUUCAUGAUAUGAAAAAAGAAAUUGACAGAGCCCAGAUCCUCCAAAUGCAAUUAAAAGAAUUUAAGCAGUCUAAAUUGAUCACCCAUGAGAGGUUUGAAAGUGCCUGUGAAGAACUGAAUAAUGCAUUACUUCGGGAACAGCAGGCCCAAAUGCUUCUGAAUGAACAGGCACAACAGCUUCAGGAGUUAAAUUAUAGACUAGAAUUGCACUCCAAUGAGGAAGCUGACAAAAACCAAACACUUGGUGAAGCUGUUAAGUUUAUUAUAAGGAAUGACUUACUAGGAGUUGUUGGAUGGAAGAAUACAGUGGGGAAAAUAUUGAGUCUCUCUGAGGUAAAAAUGGAGCUGAGAAGAAAAGAUCAAUCUUUGCGUCAGCUCAAUAGACAUCUUACCCAGCUGGAGCAGGACAAGCGGCGACUAGAGGAGAGCAUCCAUGAUGCAGAGAGUGCCCUCCGCAUGGCAGCAAAAGACAAAGAAUGUGUUGCUAGUCAUAUGCGAUCCAUAGAAAAUGCUCUUCAAAAGGUCAGAGAUCAGAUCUCGCUGUCACGGACUGCGGCAAGCAGGAAUGACUUCACCCUGCAGCUACCCAAACUGCACCUGGAGACCUUUGCAUUGGAGGGACUGAAGGGCGGGCCAGAGGUUGUAGCAUGCCAGGCAAUGAUUAAAAGUUUCAUGGAUGUCUACCAACUUGCAAGUUCUAGAAUUGCUACAUUAGAGAAAGAAAUGACAUCUCAUAGAAAUCACAUUUCAGCCCUGAAAUCAGAGCUCCAAACAGCUUGUCUACGUGAAAAUGAAAGUUUACACUCAGCCAUUUUAAUCUCCUCCUUGUACUGUAAGUGGUUUUUCACUUGUCGAUACUUGAGAAAGCAGACCUUAAAUAUGAAGCAAUUAUUUAAGGGAUCACGAGACCAUUCAAAUGUCUCCAUUUCUUCAAGAACCACUCUUCAUGCUGACCGGAACAUGAAUGAGGAUUUCUUGCCACUGAAAGCUGAACUUGACACAACUUAUACUUUUUUAAAGGAAGCAUUUGUAAAUAGUUUAUCCCGUUCUCGGGCUUCCCAUUCCUCUGCUGUGAAUAUUUCUACUGAUUCCAAAAGAACAAUACAAAAUGGAUUCUGAUUUUUAUGAAAAUAACAUGAAAGUUAUAUUUAACAAUAAAAAUUUGUUUGGGGGAUUUUCUUAUUUAAAUUUUAUUUCAGUAUUUGUGGCAAUGAUUUGCUUUGUUUCUUAUUAAUUUGUGUGACUUAAUGUCUAUCUUCUUGUGUGUGUGUGUGUGUGUGUGUGUGUGUGUGUGUGUGUGUAUCUGUGUCUCCUUGCAUAAUGAAAUAACCAACUUGGGUUUUUUAAAGUUUUAUUUAUUAUCAUAGUUGCUCAUUUUUAUGUAACAUAUUUUUAAAUGUUAAAGAAUGACACAUUUUGGGUAAUUUUCCUCAGACUUAAAAAAAUCAAUAAGCCAUUUUAGUCUCUAUCUAUCAAAGUUGUUUCAUACUUGUCUAUUUUAAAGCAGGGCUGCAAUACUUUAAUAGGAUCGAGAGAGCUAUUUGAAAUGUAUGCCAAUGAUUCCUGUCAUUUCAUGGCAGCCCUGCCAUGGUUCACUGAGCCCCCUCUUCUCUCUUGUCAGCUCAACUGAAGACAAGCAUUUAGUUGCAAACUUUAAGCAGGUUGUGCAAAACAGAAAUGAUGUGACUGCUUCUCCUCCUGCACAAUAAUGUCACUCCUGGUCAAUGUGAGAAGGUCAGGGUGCUCCUUGUAAAGCUACAUGAUACCAUUUGCCCAUUUGAACAAGUUAAGUUAACUGCUGAAUCUGGUCCCUGCAGACAUUGAAAACUCAUUCUUUUCUCAACUCUGCAUUUGAUAAGAAAGUCGAACAAUUGUGCAGAGAUGAUUUCUGUGGUGUGUUUAUGUCCUUUAUAAGGACAGUUCCCAAACCAGUGUUGCAGGUAAUACAUUUAGUUUAAGCUGCAAGACUUUAAGGUAAUGGCUGCCUUGACCUUCAAAAUAGAUUCCUUUUUUGUUGUUGUUGGUAGGACCCAAGAGUGACGCCCAUCUUUGAUGCUGACAGAAUUUAAAACAAGGCCAUUGCCCUGCAUUUUCUGCCUUGUAGCACACAAAAGUAAAAUUGUAUGUCAGGCCGAGAUGUCGGGGAGCUGACAAGAUGCCCCAGUGACAUUUCAGCUGGAAAGAGCAAGUGUCUUGCAACCAAGUGGUCAAAUAUCAAAUAAUAGGUCAAGCAGGAAGGAGCUGAGUUCUAACCACAAAGAGGUUUCUGGUAACUUACUUGACAAGCUUUUGGGUGCUUUGUGGCUUGACAAAGUGAUGUUCUGUUGGGUAUCGCUAGACAGACUGUUCUUUAUCGCCUUCAGAAGAUCAGACAUUGACAUUGAUUAAACUCUUUAACCCUUAAAGGUUAAAUCCUCACAGUCUGCAUCAUUGUAAGUGAAGAACAAAAGAAAAUUUGUAAUAUGUAAUUUGCUUUUGUAUUAAUCAUUGUACUCCCCAGUGCUAUUAACUUUUGAUGGGCACUAUAGUUUUCAAUAGUGUUCUGAUACAAAAUCCAUAUAUUAGAUUGUUUUUCAUUAUGAAGUCAUGUUACAUUAGAAAAUAACAUUAUGUUUUAUGGAAUUUGUGAUGUUUUAUGCUUCAUUCCAUGUGGCAUUUGAUUCUAUUAUGCCUGAUGACUGAAAAUUGUCUUAUUACUAAUGAUAAAUAAAAUUGAUCCACAAAUAUGUAUAUUAGCAAAAU